GCACGUUCCCUGGUAGAUUACUCUGCCCUGACUAUAUCAUGACAUCCUUUAUCCUCGUUUCAUUUCCUGGCUCAGAAUAACAAUACGGGUUUGUGUUUCAGUACCACAGCACUGGGACUUCUGCUGGUGCGCCAGUCUGGCCUAUACGGCGAAGCUAUCAAGAGACAAUUAAUAUAUAGGUGUAGCAGCAAUGCAAUCUGCCCCCCUCAUCUGUGUUGUCUAAGAAGUGAAGCCAUGGUAGAUGUGGGAAAGUGGCCACUAUUCACUCUGCUGUCAUCUCAAGAAAUUGCUUCAAUCCGGCAAGCGUGCGUGUUUGGCACCUCCGCAAAUGAAGCCAUAUACAUAACACAUAGCGAUGAGGUUUUUGUUUUUGGUCUAAACUGCAGUAACUGCCUGGGGACAGGUGACAACCAAAGCACGAUUGUGCCAAAGAAACUGGAAGUGCUGUGUGGGAAAAAGAUUGUCAGCCUGAGCUAUGGCAGCGGGCCACAUGUUCUACUUGCAACUGAAGGUGGAGAGAUGUAUGCCUGGGGGCACAAUGGCUACAGCCAGCUGGGCAAUGGAGGUGCAAACCAGGGCAUCUCUCCUGCACAGGUGACUUCCAACCUGACACAGAAGAAGGUGACAGAAGUGGCCUGUGGCUCACACCAUUCCAUGGCCUUGACAUCGGAUGGAGAAGUCUAUGCCUGGGGAUACAACAACUGUGGCCAAGUUGGAUCAGGAUCUACAGCCAAUCAGCCAACACCUCGCAAAGUGUCUAACUUGCUUCAGAACAAAGUGGUUGUUAGUAUUACCUGUGGGCAGACGUCCUCCAUGGCAGUGUUAGAUAACGGAGAGGUAUAUGGCUGGGGGUACAAUGGGAAUGGGCAGCUGGGUCUGGGCAACAAUGGGAACCAGCUUACCCCUUGCAGGCUUUCAGCAUUGCAGGGGAUGUGUGUGCUUCAGAUUGUAUCUGGCUACGCGCACUCACUAGCACUAACAGACGAGGGCUUGCUGUAUGCCUGGGGAGCUAACACUUACGGGCAGCUGGGCACAGGCAAUAAGAGUAACCAGCUCAGCCCUGUGCAGAUCAUGAUGGAGAAGGAAAGUAGGAUUGUGGAGAUUGCAGCCUGCCAUUCAACUCACACUUCAGCUGCAAAGACACAGAGUGGCCAAGUGUUCAUGUGGGGGCAGUGCCGAGGCCAGUCCAUCAUCCUGCCACACCUCACACACUUCUCCUGCACCGAUGAUGUCUUCACUUGCUUUGCUACCCCGGCCGUCAUGUGGCGUAUGCUCUCCGUAGAGCACGACGACUUUCUGACAGUAGCUCAGUCUUUGAAGAAGGAGUUUGACAGCCCUGAAACCUCAGACUUAAAGUUCUGUGUGGAUGGGAAAUCUAUUCACGUUCACAAAGCAGUGUUGAAAAUAAGAUGUGAACAUUUCCGUUCAAUGUUUCAGUCACACUGGAACGAAGAUCUGAAAGAAGUGAUUGAGAUUGAUCAGUUUUCGUUCCCAGUGUACCGCGCCUUCCUGGAAUACCUGUACACUGACAAUGUAGACCUGCCUCCAGAAGACGCAAUAGGGCUGCUGGACUUGGCAACAUCCUACUGUGAGAACAGGCUAAAGAAACUCUGUCAGCACAUCAUCAAGAGAGGAAUCACAGUGGAAAAUGCUUUUUCCCUGCUGUCUGCAGCAGUCAGAUACGAUGCUGAGGAUUUAGAAGAGUUCUGCUUCAAGUUUUGUGUGAACCACUUGACAGAAGUCACUCAGACUGCAGGCUUCUGGCAGAUUGAUGGCUCUUUGCUGAAGGAGUUCAUUUCAAAAGCCAGCAAAUGUGGAGCCUUUAAAAACUGAAACUGUCUGCUCUCUAAGACAUUACCACAGCAAAACUCUAACAAUGAGAUUCUAGGUCAGCAGGUUGCAAAGCCAGUGAUGACCUUUGGCUACCCAUAAAUCAAGCUUCAACCACCACCCCUGCUGGCAACCCACAAAACAGCUUUUUUCUUUGCAGAAGUUUCUUAUUUUCGUAGGGUGGAAUGGGGGGUAUAAUAUUGCAUUGAUAUACUGCAUCUAUAUCUAACUUGAAUAGUUCUUGUUUUAUUGUUACAGGAUAGCAGAAAGCUUAUUUAUUUUCAAUAUUUGUAUUAACCCCAGUAUAUAAUAAUUUGCACAGGUAGAUGCACCUUUUAAUUAUUCCUUAUUGACAAUGUAGGUAACAUUUCUAAUGAUGCAUAUCAUGAUGAAACAAAUUAAAACACUUGCGCUUAUUUGAAGGAUUACAAGUUUUCAGCCAUGUCUGCCUGCAUUUGCUUUUAAUAUCAUAUCCACCCAUGCUGUGGCCACAGUGCAAAUUUCAGUACUGGCACAUAAGGAACAAUGUUGAAGCACAGAUAAGGUUAAUUACUAUGAAUAUUAUCAAAGUGCGAUACAAUGCUGCCACAAUGAGCCAAGGUCAAACACACCGCUUGAUACAGUAGCUGGUCAUAGUUAAAUAACCAUGUAAUUUGCAAGUAUGGAAUGCACAGUAUGCCCUAGGGUGGUGUCUUGUUUUGCAUCAUUGAGUUCCACGUGGCUUGUUCAGUAGCAGUACCAAAAUUCUGCAAGCUGCGUCUGAUAGCCACAGUCAACUGACAUUAUGCCUGCCCUAUAUGCAUAAACAAUGGCCAGGUUCUUUUUUGGAAAAUGGUUCAGUGACCAGGAUUGAGCUUAAAAUGUGGUUGUGUAUGGCAUUAACAGUUACAGUAGCACGUGAACCAACACUGGUUUAGAACGAUUUCAUUAAUAUCAAUGUUAUGAUUGGUUGAAGAUAGUCCUGUAUACACCUGACCUGCUCUCUGAGAUGUUUAUGGCAUUUGUUGAGUAUUUUAGAAAUAUUGAGGAGUUGUUUCAAAGGCAGGUGAUUAAACUCCAAAUUCUUAAUCUUCUAAUUCUGGUAUGUAUUUGUUCCAUACUAACCAAAUUGAAUUUUUUCUGUAUCUAAGAAAAUGGACAGGAACAGCCAUAUCUGUGCUAUGUUAUCUGACAGAGUUUGCAUUCUUAAAUAAAGUUUUCAUUGUACAAUA